CCCUGCGCAUAAAUAUACGUAUUUAUAAAUUUUCUGCUGCUCAUUCUUCCCCAAUUCCCCAGCUUUUGCCCUUCAAUUUUCAAUAUUUUCCCCUAAAUUUUAUAUUUUUCGAUGGCUUCACCCUCUCAAGCAAGUCUUCUCCUUCAGAAGCAGCUUAAAGAUCUGUGCAAACACCCUGUGGAUGGAUUUUCGGCCGGAUUGUUGGAUGAGACCAAUCUGUUUGACUGGAGUGUUACAAUUAUUGGGCCUCCGGAUACUUUGUAUGAAGGAGGUUUCUUCAAUGCUAUAAUGAGCUUCCCAUCAGAUUACCCAAACAGUCCUCCAACAGUAAGAUUUACCUCAGAAGUGUGGCAUCCCAAUGUAUAUGCUGAUGGAAAGGUUUGUAUUUCGAUUCUCCAUCCCCCUGGUGAUGAUCCAAAUGGCUAUGAGCUUGCUAGUGAGCGAUGGUCACCUGUCCACACGGUGGAGAGUAUAGUUCUUAGCAUCAUAUCAAUGCUUUCAAGCCCUAAUGACGAAUCUCCUGCUAAUGUUGAAGCUGCUAAAGAAUGGAGAGACCGAAGGGAUGAUUUCAAGAAGAAAGUAAGUCGUUGCGUAAGACGGUCUCAAGAAAUGCUAUAAGCGAAGUUACCAAAUGCUGCUUCCUGCUUCCUUUGUUUCACCGACUUGUGCAAACAAGUCGAUUUUGUAACAACCAUACCUUAUCAUCUCUUAAUGGCUUUUUGUGUUUUUGGCCUAUAUUAGAUUCGAGUUUGUUCAAGUAGAAUCCAUUCACAGUUGCACAUGAACUUGUUGAAAUUCUAUGGGAAAUGUUUUUGACUA